AUGGAAGAUUCAACAGUCGUAGAAACAAACUCGGAACCAGCAACCGACAACCUGGUAGAUCCCUUUAGCAAUCAGGAAUAUCUCCAAAGAAAGCUUUAUUUCUUGCUGGAGCAUCUGAAGAAAAUGCACAAUGAUUUGCCUGAACAAUACCAGAUGAGAAUAUCUUACGACCUGUUAGUCGGUCUGGCAAAUUCCUUGCUAAACGACACAAUCUUUGAAAUCGUUAAAGGAUUAAUGGAGAUUCAGCAUGUAACCGAGGCUCAUUUGAUGCAAGUGCGAGAGAAAGUGGAGAAUGACCAUCAGCUGGAGGUGAAACAAUGGGAGACUAAAAUACAGGAUCCCGAAGAACUGGAGCACAUUAUUGCGCUGAUGAAAAUUAAGCAUGGGAAAAAUAUGAAAGAAACCGAUAUGAAGCUAGUGCUACAUCUAGAUCAGAAAGUCAAAGAUCAACAAUCCACCCUUGAGAAGGCCGGAGUGCCUGGCUUCUACGUAACAGACAAUCCGAAGGAGAUUAAAAUCCAGAUGUAUUUAUUGGACUUCAUUCUGCGACUUAGCAGGAUUAAAUUCGAGUCCCACAAAUAG